AUGACGGAAAAAGUUUACUCAACAAAGCUUUUCGUUAUCGAACCUGCUGAUGUCACCCUCGGCUCUCGAAAGUUUUACUGCCAGACAAUAUGGUACAAACCCAAGAUUUUGACCGACACGGAGAAUCUUUUACCGGCUGAUGUGAUAUGUGAAGUUAAGCUAACAGACUGUACUGAUUAUUGGGGUGCCAAGGUAACAAACAGUCAAUUAAUGGAAAAUACUACACUUAACAUAUCAAAAGACUUUAAUAACAAGCGACUUGGAGUGAUUCAAGGCCUAUUAAACGGACAACGGCAAGUGGACAAUAGGCCGUGUCGACUAAGUGUUAAUAGUCAGAACGAGCUUGUGUUUACAGUCGAAGGGCGAGAAAAUUCGAGCAAUUAUGACGAGCAAUUGGUUGCGGUUGUAGAUAUAUGGAAACUUCAAUUGCAUUCAGUACGCGAUCAAUCGUUACAGAACAUGUGGCGAGAGCUUCUUAGUAACGCGAUUGAACAAAUCAACUCUGCCGAGAAGUUGAAUACAGAAACUGCGAAAAUGCUGAAAGGAAAACGAAAGUUCUCUACUAAAGAGAUAGACAGGAUGAACGUGACAAAAUCGAUAUUAGAUAAGAAUCUAAUAAUUAAGUUUUCGGUUGUGUUAAAUUCAAAGAAACAAAAAAUCAGAAAAUUGAAAAGGUUGCUGGAAAGGCAGGAGUGA